AUCCAAAAGAUCCAAAAGCUUCGAGAACUCUUUUCAAUCUCCCACACAUCAAGCAUUGACCAUGACACAGUGGUCGAUGAUGACAAAACAUCUACGGAGUGCAAUGGCUUGAUAAAUAAUCAGUGGGUAAUCAAGUUUAAGUUGCAUAACCGCGUUGGAAUGUAUCCUUAUAUCCUAAUAUCCGAGCAUAAAGUUAAGUCCGUAAUAACCGGCUCACAUUCCGAUCAGGUCUCCGUUCGUAUGGACAGAGUUGAAUCUAAUGAGCUUCAUGAGAUCCGAACCGAGAGACUCAAUCGUUUCGUUCAAUGGUAUCUGUUUCCUCCUGUCCAUGUGAGAACACUCCCAAACACGAAGAAGAACUUGAAUGGAGCUAGUUAG